UCCGUUAAUUUUCCUCUUUCAAAUUUUAUUCUGUUCGCGGCAUUCGAGAAGAGCGCACGUUCGAGUUGAGUUAAGAAAAUUUUAACCAAAAAAUUAAUUCCAGUUUUAAUUUAUCGCAUAUAAUCAAGAUGCCACAACUCCAGAAACCAGCCCCUGUAUUCUCCGGAACUGCCGUCGUCAAUGGCCAGUUCAAGGAGAUCUCUUUAAAAGAUUACAAGGGCAAGUACGUGGUCCUGUUCUUUUAUCCAUUGGACUUCACCUUUGUCUGCCCAACUGAGAUUAUUGCUUUCUCUGACCGCGCAAAGGAAUUCCGUAACAUUGGUUGUGAAGUAAUUGGUUGCUCGACAGACUCUCACUUCACCCAUUUGGCUUGGAUCAACACAUCGCGCAAACAGGGAGGUCUUGGUCAAUUGGACAUUCCACUGCUCGCUGACAAGUCAAUGAAGGUUGCACGUGAAUACGGUGUAUUAGACGAAGAAAGUGGUGUUCCAUUCCGUGGAUUGUUCAUCAUCGAUGGCAAGCAAAACUUGCGCCAAAUAACUGUAAAUGACUUGCCCGUUGGCCGCAGUGUGGAUGAGACUCUUCGUUUGGUGCAGGCCUUCCAAUUCACCGAUGAGCAUGGUGAAGUAUGCCCAGCCAACUGGAAGCCUGGCAGCAAGUCAAUGGUUGCUGAUCCAAAGAAGUCUCAGGAAUACUUCUCUGCUGUGAACUAAGAAGUUUUGGACGUAGAUCGUCUUUUUCAUUUCCUUAAAGUUCUCUUAUCACAUUUUUUGUUUCUUUUUUCUUUGUUUCUUUUUAUUUAUAAUGCACUUGGAAGAAAAAACAAAAAUAGUCUCCAAGACUUGUUUUUAUGAAGUGUUUAAAUGUUUUCUUUUUUUUAUAUAAACAAAUAAAAAUCGAUCCACAUAGCACACAAGUGGAUUUAAAACAUAAA